UUAAGAAAGCAACCAAGAAUAUAUCUCAAAGUUAUUCCAUAAAAGCACUUUAAACUGUGUGCUCUUACGUCAUUUUUGACCUUGUUGUAAUUUAAACAAUACCAUUUCUGAUCAUUAAAGCAUUAAUACAUCACGUACUUAAACUUCAGAGCAUUUCCUAAUAACAAUACUGCACUUGUAAUUAAAAUGUAUCUGUAGCUGUUGCUUCAGUGUGAGAGUGUAGUGUUCUCCUCGUGAGUAUGUCCAUGUGUGUUUCUGCUCAUAUAAAUUUAGCAUCAUGCACCGGCAUAAUAGAUUUAAAUCUGCAAUUGCAUUUGAUUUGCAGAACAAGUAUUUGGACACACCGCAAUGAGGAAAUCAUGAAUGCGAUGAUGAUGCUUUCAACUGCUUAAAUCAUACAUUUCCCCUCCAUUAUCAGGUCCCUCUGCAGUGAUGCUUGCAUCUCGCGUGGUGUUCAACAUGCUCAGACUCUUUUGAUCUUUGCCAAAUAGCUGUAAAGGGGAUAUGCAAAGUGUAUUCAGCAAGCACGUUAUGUUAAAAUAUGAAACCACUUUGGGCAUCGUGACGUCCUUCUUCACUUCACAUUUCUCCAUAAACAUUGAAGCACAUGUUAAGUGAUGAAGGUUUUUAAGAGGUCUUGAAGGAGCACUUAUAUCAGCUUAAUUAGCAUCUGAAUGUAUAUUAAUUAAUAUUUAAUGUCUUGGAGGUUCCAGUAACACACAAACACUCUGACAUGACCAUGACACAUCCAGAGUAUUGUGGUCUCACAUAGGUCACAACAGUUAUUAAACUAAAGUUUCAAGCCCUUUGACGUGGUAACAACUUUCAUCAGGUAGCCUAAUAUCAAGGCUCUGGACUCUGACCUGCACACCUGAGCCGAACCAACCUGUCACAGUGUUGGCUCGACCUUCUGGACACCUGUCAAUCAAAAGACCUUCUAUGACGUCACUCUUGACGUGACAUUUGUGCUGCGUUCAUCCGAGGAGCAGAUGUGGCAGUGACACAUUACACACAAACAUACACACACACACACACUCACACACACACACAACACACACACACACACAGAAAAUAGCGAGAGACAUCGAGGGAAGAGGUAAAGACAGGUACACACUGAGACUAGAUAGAGUGGCUCUUAUAGCAGCGGGAGAUUAAUUAGAGAGACAGAAGAACAAAUGAGAAAACGACAAAGGACAUAAUUUCUUGUUAUUUCCUCAUUGAGCAGUUGUCAGCACUGUAUUUACUCUGAACUGAGAGUGGAGGAGAGAGAACUUGUGUUCUUUGAGAUGCUAUAUAGUUCAGUAAUUGCUUGUGAAGGCUGUCAAUUAAUGUCAAAGCCAAAACAAAGGAAAACAGUUUGGGGACUUGCUUCUUUGAAGUGAUGAUAGCUAAUGGCUCAGAGAAGUGGGUAGCAAAAAGUAUACUUCUUGGAUGGGAGACCAGUUCUUUAAAAGCAAGCCAACUAUUGUUGUAAUUUAUGCAAACAACAUUGAAUCAGUAAUAAAAGCUAAAAUAUGUUUAUUUCUAAUUUAUUUUACGAUGCAACACAGCUCAACUCAAGAUAAAAUAUGUGGUAAUCUGGUUGUUUCAAUUGAUUUAAUUAAAUACAAAAAUCCCUUGAAUAUGAACGUAAUAUAAGGACCUCUUUUUACUCAAAUCACCUUCAGUUUGAAGCUACAGCCCACAAAGCCAAACAGGGGGCUGCUGAUGCUCUAUCUAAGUAAUAGUAGUGCUUGCUUACCAGAAGUAACACAUUGUCACCGUACCACAAUAGCGUAGGAAAUAGCAGCAAUUUAGAUGUCAGACGUCUGUGUGAAAGAGUAAUAGCCAAGAAAGAACCAAAGCUGUUUGAGAUUUUGCCUUUUUUUCACUUGUCUUCCAGUCCGUUUUCAUGCAACUGCCUCAGAGAGAACCAUACAGGCUUGUCAGUAUUUGCUUUUAUAGUUGUACACACUGUAAAUUCGAAGAGUGUGACUCACAUCGGCAGAAGAUUACAGCCGGCCUUUUCAUCUUAACAAAUCUUGGAAGAUAACUUAUUGUCCAAACCAGGAGGCUGAUGGGAGGAGUGGGAAAAAGAUUUGCAUUUAAACAGCUCGCUCUCUAAAGGAGUUGUUCUCCACAGAAAUUAUUUCGUCAAACCGAGAAAUUGUCUUACACAGCAUUUACCAAAAGGUGGUAGAUUUAGAGCGGCAAGAUAUCCCCGUUACAUUAAUUGUAUAGGUAUUUUGAUUAUUAAAAUUAGCGUAAACAACCAGGACUGUAUUGGAGAUGAGAGGAAGCUUUUAUUUUAUGAGCAUUGAUAGUAGGUGAUGUUGAUCAAAUUAGAAGACCACAUUUCUUCUGAACCCCAUUCGCUCUGUCACAUUUGUCUCCACCGGAAGAACGACAUCCUAUUCCUCUUUGUGCUACACAGAAAUCCAGCAGAUUUCUCCUUAAUUCUGAUGUGGUUGUCAGAGCCCUUUUAAUUAUAGAACAUGCUUUACAUCUUUAAUGAAUAUAAUACAGGCUGAGACUGAUACCAUCCCAAGCAUGGACUAAUCCACUGUAUGUGUAGUAGAUUAACACUGCACAUUUCGGGAAAGCAUCUUCCAACUGCAUGGUCUUAAGUUGAUUUUAUUGAUUGUUACAUUUUGACUCACUCUCAAGACAUACAAUAAAGACCCGCCUUGAGCCACCCAGGACUCAUGGUGUAAAAAGCAAUGAAGAGGGUCAAGUCAGUGUUAUGUUCACAAUCAUUUCACCAAUAUUCCACAAUGCACGUGAUGAUUCACUGAUUCACAUUUCAACAUUUUAUUCAAUCUGGAUAGGAUUUAUUUUAUUUAUUUUUUUAAGUUAUUUUAUCUUCGAAACUUCUCUUUCUGUCUGUCUAAAAACUGUUUGGCUAAUGGUGGAAACGAUGCGCGCUGUUCAAAAAGCUUGAAUCCAUCCGUAAAGAUGUGGAUUUGUCUGUGUCUGUUUCCUCAUCCACUCUGUGACGAGCAUAUUUCUUUUGGGAUUCAUCCAUUGUUUGUUCUUUCACAUUUUGCUCCACCUUUCAUAAACAAGGUUUUGAAAGGAAAUGUUCACUCUAUAAUUUUUCGCCAUGCUCGUGCUGGGACUCUUGGGAUGAAAACAUACGGUCUUCCGCUUUAACAUUUAUACUGGAUGGAUCGGAAUACAUUCACGUUCCCUUCAGGAUAAAUUGUAUGCAUUGUACUAUGAUGAUUACUUGUGUUUUUUUUAGAUACUGAGGUAAAGGACCAAUUACUUGCAAAAUGCAUGCUAAACUAAGAUGGUGCACAUGGUAACAUAAUAGUCUUCCCAAUUAGACACAUUAGGCAGUCGUUUUGAGCAUGUUACCAAGGAAGCAUUAGCAUUUCGCUCAAUACACCACUUGCCUGAGGACAGCCUCACAAAGCUGCAAGACUGAAGACUCCCAUGACUUGUUCUCAGCUAUAACCCAUCAUGGCCUCUUCUAUUUUAGCCUCUCCGCUUCAAGAAUCAAUCUUAAACUGUCACCUGUGUCUUAAACCUUGGAGCUCAUACAUAUAUUACUGAGUUCAAAGUCACUUUACUCUGACACUGGUGUUUAAGCAAACAUGAACUGACCUCUCAACUUAGUCGACGUGCUUCAUGCAUCUGCUUCAUUCACAUGACAGGCACUCGUAGCCGCAAGCUGUUUGCUUUAAAAGGUGUUAUACCUAUUGAAGUGAGCCACUGAGUGUGUGCGUGUGUGUGUGUGUGUCUCCUGAAGAGGACUAGAAGUUCUAAUUCCUGCCUGCGAUCAACAUGAUUCCAUGUUCUCUCACUUGUGUCUCAUUCCUCAUCUCCCCCUUAACAUCCUGUGUUAUACAAAAAGCCCUUAACGCAUCCUCUGCGCUACUUAAAAAGCAGCAAUGCUGAAGAAUGCUGAUUUUUGAUAGAUUAUAUGGCUGCGAGUCGAUAUACAAAAGGAUUAUGAAUAGCAUGUAAAUGAAGCACUGGGUGACACGGAUUCAUUUGAAGUGCUAUUUGGCUUUUUCUUAUUAAGUGGUUUUCUAGGAGAUUGGGCUCUUCACUGGCGUGUCUUGAUAUUCAUGUUAGGCCUUUUGUUCACGUUUGAGUGUCCCAGUCUCUCUUUUCUGAUGGAAUGAGCUGCGAUAUACAAAAUUAGUGGACCGAUUCAGUCGAACAGCGAGUCAAAAAAGGGCCUCAUGUACAUGUGAGUCUGUUUGAGAUCUUUUUAUUCCAGAUCACCCGAGGCGUUCUUUUUGGAGUUUCUUUUGGUAAGGAGGAUUCAUUUGAAGUUCGCCCACAGUAUCACAUCACUGGCAUUCUUUUGUGACCUCAGGUGGGAUUAUUGAUCUCAUUAUAUGCAGAAGAACCGCUACUUGAUUGUGAAAUGAUUUAUCACCGUCUUCCUCACAGGGACAACUCAUAUAAACACCAAAACAUCACUCAGCAUGUGUGUAUCAAUCUGUUUCGCAGUGUCAGUUAUUAUGAGGGUGUUGCAAAUGUGUGUUGUUUCUGUUUAUGUACACACACAUACACACCAGCAUGUGAGAAUAGAAUCUUACAUGACUUGUUAGAGUUACAUUAACAACACAGUGAAUUAGUUUAGCAAAGUGCUUAACAGUGACUUUGUUGUGAAUUUACCAGACUUUCUGUAUUGUUUACUACAAUAUAUGCAACGUUCUAAGGACAUUAGUCGCAUUGGGUUGAAUCCUAAAAUUAUAUUAUAGCAGCUUGAUUGGCCACAUUCUUUAAAAAACGAAUUAAUCCCUAAUCCCUUUCGAUUUGUAGGAAAAAGGCUUAUUAACUGGUUCUAAUUUUAGUUUGCAAUAUUCUACGUCUUUUAAAAUUUGUGUAAACAGUUUAGUUUUUUUUUUUUUUAAAUCCCAUUGAUGACAGCAUCACUGGUGACGUUCACGUGAAGAAAGGAGACUUGCGCUAAACGGAGUGCAGCUCUGACGCAUAUUUCUGCAGCGUGUCUGGCGCACAGGUAUAAAACCCAGCGCGCAACAAGCGCCCAGAAGAACAGGAGAGAGACCUCAGGACAAACGCAACUCUCCCUCUAAUCCUCUAGGAAAUGUAAGUACCUUGAUAUUUCAUUUACAAAAACCUUGACUAUAUUAUUGACAGGAAACUUUAUCAAAGUCUCUAGACAUGCCUCUAUAGUUGCAGCUUCAACAGUCUUUACAUGUUUGUUUGUUUUCACUACCAAUUAGACUUUUUUUUCCUCAACAACAAACAUGAUCACAAUGAAUAAUUCAUCUAGAAACCGAACAGGCGAUGUAAAGCACAGCGGAACAAGUCUCCAGAGAUGUGGCAUGGACUAACAGAUGUGACUUGUUUCCACGCCACCAGAUGCACCCUAACGUGAUGAGCUGGCUGGGGACUCUGGGGUUCCUGCUGUGGGCGCUGCUCUGCCUGGGCGCCCUGACGGAGGGAUACCCGGUGAAACCGGAGAACCCUGGGGAUGACGCCCCGGCGGAGGAUCUGGCCAAGUACUACUCAGCCCUGAGGCACUACAUCAACCUCAUCACGAGACAGAGGUAUGGAAAGAGGUCCAGUCCUGAGAUUCUGGACACGCUGGUCUCAGAGCUGCUGUUGAAGGAAAGCACAGACACGCUCCCACAGUCAAGAUACGACGCGUCAUUGUGGUGAUGUUGUCAACAGGCUUGCCUCCACCUUCACUGCUGCCCCGCUGCCGCUGAUUUUCUGACCUCUAUGACCACCCUGCCUCGGCCCCGUUUACCUUCACGAGCCGUAUAUUCAAUCCCAUCUCCUUGCCCAUCGGCGGCAGUCACAACUGCUUAUACUUUUGUAAAUAGUUUAUUCAGAGUUACCAUCUGUGAAUUAUGAACGUCAAGUGGGGGAUGGAAUGUUUAUUGUGUUGUAUA